UACAGUUUGUGCGCUUCACAAACAAUUGACGGUUGUGGGGGAAUGCACUUUCUAAACAGACAUUCCAAGGUUCUCCACAGAGUAUCCACAAGAGCUAGGUACGGAUCAAGUAGGCAAGAUCCAUAUUUUCGGGUUGGCCCCCGCCUUGAUAGGUGCCUAGGAAGAGAAAAGGAAAAACAUUCAACAAAAUUCACGAUGAUGCUGGAUUCCAUGGAUGGUGGAAAGCCUCCGCUGCCUUACCUACUCUAGGUACCUACCUUACCUACUUACC